UUCUAUUUCAAAGAUGAAAAAAACAAAAAAAGAAUUCUAUCUGAGAGAUGGCAUAAUUGUAAUUUCCUCACAAUUUAGGACUUUUUCUUGAAAGGACAAAAAUUUAGCGGUAUGAUCAUCAUCACUUUCCCUCUAUUGAAAGGUCAUUUCAAUGUAACUUCAUGCAGAGCUACUCACAUAUUCCCAUUACUUCUCUCUCUCUCUAAGCUCUGUUUCAGCCAUUGUAGUGCAGUAGCCAUGAAUAUGAAAGCUGAACACAACAAUCAAAAAAUAAUGAAUGAUACAGAAUUAACUGCUAAGUUCCAUAUAGAAGAAAUUAGGUCCAAAAAGUUCUCCAUUGGUAAAAAAGACUCCAACCCUUUAACACAAGACCUUCAUCAUGCUGUUACAAGUUUAUCAGCUGAACUUUACACUAAAGAUGUUCACUUUCUAAUGGAACUUAUUCAGAAUGCUGAAGAUAAUGAGUAUGAACAGAGUGUGGAACCAACUCUAGAGUUUAUUUUGACAAAAGAAGACAUAACAGAGACUGGUGCACCCACCACCCUUUUGAUUUUCAAUAAUGAAGUUGGUUUUUCAAGGAAGAACAUGGAGUCUCUUUGUAGUAUUGGUCGUUCUACAAAGAAGGGAAGAAGACAACAAGGGUUUAUUGGAGAAAAAGGGAUUGGAUUCAAAAGUGUCUUCCUUGUGAGUCCACAGCCACAUGUAUUCAGCAAUGGCUACCAAGUUAGAUUCAGGGAAGAGCCAAACCCAGAUUGUGAUAUUGGGUACAUAGUUCCUGAAUGGGUCAGCAAAAAACCUUAUCUUUCUGAUAUUGCUGAUAUAUAUGGUUCAGACAAAGAGUUACCCAAGACCAUAUUUAUACUUCCAUUGAAGCCAGAGAAGGUGGAAGCUGUUAAAACACAGCUCUCAGAGCUACACCCAGAGAUUCUGUUGUUCUUAUCUAAGGUUAAGAGGCUCUAUGUUCGUGAGGAUGACCGUGAUUCAGCAAAAAAUGACAAUGUCUCAAUUGUUUCUAUAGCUAGUGAGACUAGUUAUGUGGAGUUGAGUAGUGAAGGAGUUGAUUCUCGUGUUGUUCAACUUUCAGUCAAAGAGAAAACUUGUGCUGAUGAGGAGACUUGCAGCUAUUUCAUGUGGAGACAGGUGUUUCCAGUCAAGCCUGAGAAUAGAGUCAAUUCAAGGUUAGAUGUGGAGAAGUGGAUUAUAACUCUUGCUUUCCCAUUUGGGAAUAGAUUGAGAUCAAGAGGUAUUUCUUCUGUUGGUGUCUUUGCAUUCUUGCCUACAGCUAUGGUUACAAAUUUUCCUUUUGUUAUUCAAGCUGAUUUUAUACUUGCUUCAUCAAGGGAAUCCAUACUUUUGGACAAUUUAUGGAACUUGGGGAUUUUAGAAUGUGUCCCAUCAGCAUUUGUGAAAGCUUUUCAGACUUGUGUGAGGAAGGAUUGUCUGUUUUCAAUGGCUCAAGUGUAUGAGUUUUUACCUGCUUGUGCUUCAUCAUAUCCUGAGCUUAACAGAAUAAGGGAUGCCAUUAAAAACCAGAUAGCGAAUUUAGCAAUUGUGCCAUAUGAGUUGUUUGAUGGUGAAGAACAUUUCGCUAAGCCUAAAGAGGUUGUUAGAAUUCUGUCCACAUUUCGUCAACUCUUGUCUAAAUGCAAGAAGGAAGGAGCUUCCUUGCAUGGUUUACGUAGAUUGAACAAGGUUUUGCACCCGUCCUUAGACCUCGCGAAAUUCACACUAGUUCUUAAUUUUCUUGGAGUGGCAUAUGUUGAUCGAAGUGUUGAUUGGUAUGUGAAAUGCAUACAAUCUUGUAAUCUUGUUACCCAACACUCCAUAGAGGUUUACAUGGAGCUACUGUGUUUUAUUGCUGAGAAUGAAAAAACUGUGUCUAGAACUUACUUUCGGUGUUUGCCACUUUUUAAAUUCAUUAACCGAGAAGGGAAUGUGGAAUUGUGUUCCAUUUCCCAAACCAUGAAAGAAGAAGUUACAAUUAGGUAUGUUCUAGACUUGAAUAUACAUUCUUGGUUAAGUAAGUGCAGCAUAGAGUUUGGUUGUUUUAACAAUGUGUAUUUCUUGCUUGACGACAUUCAGAAGUCUCUUGUAACACAAUGUAAAUCUUCAAAAAUCUGGUAUUGGCUAUCGAACAGUGCAAAAGUAAGAUCAUUCUUGGCCUAUGAUUAUGCUUACAUGCUUAUCAAUGGUGUACCCGAAAAUAGAAAAGAUCUCACAAGACUUGUUGCUCAUUUCCUUUAUCAAGCUCAUAAGAAACAUUUCAUUGGUGAGAGUAGGAUUUAUGAUCUCUGUGCUAAUGUUCCCAUCAUCGACGGUUGUGAUCGUGUUCAUGUUAGGAAGGAGAAGAGUGUAACUCUUGCACCUGUGUCCGGAAGCAAAUGGGCCAAGUUAUUUGGUCCUUCUAAUCCAUUUCUAAACCAGAAAUAUAUUGAUGUUGGAAAUGAAUAUGUUUGGAGGAGUUCAUUUUUGGGAGAAACUACUUCUGAGAAAGUCAUUCUAGACUUUAUUUGCAAGUACACCAAAUCUAUGGAUUUACCCGAGCUUUCUCCUCCAAACUUGGAGUUGAAAGUAGCUUUUUCUCCACUGUCAAUGAAACAAGCGUUUAUGCUUCUUGAUUGGAUAAGGUUUCUUCAGACUAGGGGGGCAUGUCUACCUGAAAGAUUCCAGGCAAGCAUUCAAGAUGGAAAAUGGUUGAAGACUUACACGGGUUAUAAAUCUCCAAGGCAGUCUAUUCUUCCUGAUGAAACAGGCAAAACAAUGUUUGAUAUGGUGAAGCAUGUUCUCAAGGAUAUAUCAGUUAUAGAACAAGAGUUCUACCAUAACAAAAUUAGAAAGUAUCAAGAUGAGUUGACAUUUCUUGGUGUGGGAUUCGGGUCAAGUGACGUGCAGAGAUUAAUUGCUGGGCGAUUUGUCUCUCUUGUUUCGUCUGCUGGAAUCAGAAAAGAGGUGGUCUUUUCUUUGUUGAAGUUCAUUGGUUUCUUGAACACAAGGAAAAUGAUUGAUGAGGAGUGGUUGCAAGCCAUGAAGAGGGCUAAGUGGCUGAAGACUCAUCAGGGUUAUAGUGCUCCCGAGGGAGCUAUUCUCCUGUUGUCUAAGAUAGAAACAUCUUCAUGUUUGAUUACCCCGAAUCUUUUUAUUGUUGAUGAAGCUUAUUAUGGAAGCAAUUUAGGCUCUUUCUCUGUUGAACUAAAGAUGCUUGGAGUUAUAACUGAUCAUGUUGAAUCUUUGAAAUUGAUUGCAGAAAAUGCAAGUCUUUGUCCAAAUCUGACUUCUGUAACAGCUGAUUGCGGUUUGCUUAUGCUUGAAUGCAUCAAAGUUUGUGGUACUUCUGCCACUAGCUUGAUUGAAAGGAUUAAAGAGCAGCCUUGGUUAAAGACAAACUCGGGGUUCAACACCCCUUUCGAAACUACUUAUCCUAAUCCAAUAUGGGGCUCUUUGGCGAAUGCUUUGCAGAUUCCUACUGUUGACGAACUCUACUAUGGAGAUGAGCUUUUGAAUUAUCAUAGUGAACUGAGUGCAAUUGGGGUGGCUGUUGAUACUGCUUGUGUAAUUGAAAAGAUUGAUGCUAAGUUUAAGCUUCUUUUACAUUCAUCAAAACUGGGACCUGAUAUGGUACUAUCAAUGUUGAAGAGUUUGAAAGAAAUGAGACAAAUUUCAUCUUCAGGAUGUGUUGAACUGCAGUGUUUGUUUACUGAGAAGUGGUUAAAAACUCGUUGUGGUUACAAGGCUCCAAGCCAAUCAAUUGUUUUUAGUAUGAAUUGGGGAGCGGUAUCGCCUUUUGUUGACCUUCCUCUAAUCGAUGAUGGGUUUUAUAGCAUUAUGAUUUACAGGUACAAGGAUGAACUCCAAAUGUUGGGUGCCAUUACCAACUUUGAGGGUGGCGCUGGACUUGUUCUUGAAGGUCUAAAGAGUCCCAUUGAACCUGAAUUUAUAACAGCUUCUGGUACAAUAGCACUGUUGAAGUGCCUUCAGUCUGUUAUGUCCAAGUCUUCUGAUCAGUCAUUGCCUGAGAACUUUCUUGAGAACAUCUCCAAAAGCAAGUUUUUAAAGACAACAAAGGGUUACUCAGUUCCCGAAGAAUGUGUUCUUUUCGAUUCAGCUUGGGAAGGUACUUUGAACCAGACUGAUGUGCCGAGUAUUGAUGUGAAGUGUUACGAAUCAGACUUAUCAUUGUACAAGGAGCAGUUGAAAGCCAUUGGUGUAAGAACAGAUUCUAUGGAGGUUUGCUCUCUUAUAUCUUGGCUACUCUAUUCGCAGACAAACACAUUGUUGAUAACAAGGCUAUAUACAUUCCUUUACUUGUUCAACUGGAAGCCAGAGAACUCAGAUGAGUUCAUCUCUCUUGUUUGGAUACCAAGCCAUGAUGGUGUCAAGGGAAAAUGGAUUAAGUCCACACAAUGUAUACGUAAUGACAACAAUGAUCUCUUUGUUUCUCGCUUGCAUUGUCUUUCUCGUUUUUACAAGCCAGAAUUGCUACCUUUAUUUGUGUCAGCUUUUGGUGUUAGAGAAUUUCCUUCUCUGGAUGACUAUUUCCAGUUAUGGAAUGAUUGGACUUCAAGCAAUGACCGCCGUGUUUCUAAGGCUAAAUGCCGCUCUUUUUGGGAAGGCAUAUCAAAACAUUGGAAGCCCGAAACCAUAAAGGCUUUCAAGCAACACUUCACCAAACUUUCUGCCACCACAGUUUUGGAUGAUGAGAUUCACUUGGUAGACAAGGAACAUGUUUUCAUACCUGAUGAUUUGCGCUUGAAGAGUAUUUUUGAAAGUGUUUCACUACCUUUGUUUGUUUGGUUCCCGAAUGUUGGUACCUUAUCGUCUUCCUCGUGGUUACUCAAGACGAUCUAUUGCUCUCUAGGAGUAAAAAACUUGACUGAUUCUGUCAAAGUUUGGAGCAUCUUUGCAGGAGAUACACCAAAGAAACUCAUACCGAAGAAUGGUUUGAUCGAAAAAGGUCUCAUCAAAAUGAUAUUGGCUUUUCUUGCUGGUCCACUGCUUAAUAUGCCAGUAAAGAAGAGACAACAAACCGCCACUGCCCUUCUUAACCUCACCCUAUACCAGACCGAGCAGCCCAUCAAAAUCACCUACAUCCUGACCCCAUACCCGAACGAAACAGUGAAAGCUGAAGCAAAGAAAAUGGUGUUUUGGGACAAAAAAUCAAAGCAGCUGAUCAUUGACAAAUCAGGGUACGAAAACAGAAAAAGUAGCGCAGAGUUUGCGUCCUGUUUUGCUCAAGAAAUUUCGGAAGGAAUGCUGCCAGAAGCAAGAGCAACUGUAGUAGAUAGUCUCAGCAGAAUUAUACACAUGGGAUUCAUGUAUGAGUUCAAAGAAGACUCUGUUGAGUACUUGUUAGUAAGAGAGAAUCUGGAGAUGUUGAGUGAAGAUGUUAAGUUUGUUGGUUCUGUAUUUGGUCAAGUCAAUUCAGAGGAAAUGGCUCCUUUUACACCAUUGCCACCACCAUCCAAGAAGCUGUGCAAGAGAGGUAAUAGUAGUGCCUUGACUUGAUCCUUUUGUUUUGGUACGACAAUGUUAUGCAAUGUCGUUUUUGAAUGCGCCUUUUGUUAUGUGUAUAUUUUAAUUUUGAAUGUAGAAAACUUCAGUGUUCUGUCUUUGGCUAAGCUUCUUUUUCUUUUGACUCUUGUUAUGAAUUAUGUAAUCUGAUCCAAAGCAAAAAAAACCCACUUGACUUUCUUUUGACUCUUUGGGUAAUUUGAUGAACCAAAGUUUUCUAUUUAGU